AUGAGUGGUAUUGAAGUGACUGGGCUAGUCCUAGCCGUGCUUCCGCUAUUCAUUGAGGGCGCGAAAGCAUACUCACAUGGCGUUGAAACCAUUCGAAAAACAGUCUCUCGUCGAGAACGAGAUGAAAAGCUCAUGGAUUUCUAUGACGAAUUUUACUGGGAAAUCGUGCAGUUAGAUCGUCAAACUCUAGGGGUCAUCAAAUCAUUGCCCUAUUUGUCUGACAAACGAAAGGCUGAGCUGACAAUGGAUAUUCGUUUGGAGGCCUGGAAAACUGAUGCAGAUGUUGCUCAAGCACUCUUUGAUUAUUUUGGAUCCCAGGAGGAUCUGGAUGCUUUUUUACACGUGAUGGGCAAAAUUGCUCAGUUGCUUUCUCAGUUAAUAAAAGAUUCUACCAUCCAUGUAUUAUCGGGCGAUAUUGGGCAAUCCAAGAUGUUCAAUAAAUUGACAGAUUUUGCUGCUGAUAGAGAAAGAGGCGAUACAAAUAGUACUUUCAAGGAAAGAAUACGCUUUUGGAAAAAAGAAAAAGACCGGGAAAUAUGCCUGAAGAACCUGUCAACGUGGAAUAAAAGACUCUUCCGUUUGGCAGAGCAAGCACAAAAGGAACCUGCUACCAAAAAGUUAUCUUCUGGAGCGAAAGAUGUUCCUUUAUCUCAUCUGCGGACACUCUCGCAAAAGCUGUACAAGGCGCUUGCAAAAUGUUGGAGUUGCAAUUGUCCAACUCAACACGAAGCACAGUUUUGCUUGAAAGCUCGAGGAAAUUCGGUGAAACCAGUGAUAACAGAGAUCGAUUUUGACUUUCUAUUUUCCGUUCAAGAAGAUAUGCAAUUGGGGAGAUGGCAAGAAGGAACUGUGGUUGUGAGAUCAAAUAGCGGAUCUGUUAAAGAUGACCGCUCACUCCUACAGAAAAUAUGUGAUACUGUCGGAUGUAGAGGACCCGUUGAUCAAUGCCUCCAACUCUUGGUAGAAGAUACUGGGAGCAACGAAAUGCUUUGGCAACUGCGCUCAACUCCCAAGAGACUACCCAAAUCAGCAGCCUCACAGACCGAGUCUUUGCAAGCAGUACUAGAAAAAUCGACAAAAUUACCUCUUAUCAUAAAACGGAGACUGGCAGUGAUUUUCGCACAUUCGUUGUUGCAGCUGCACGAAAGUUACUGGAAGAACAAGGAGUGGAGUAAAAAUCACAUAUUCUUCUUUUAUGGUACCGCCGGAGCCCUGGAUUUUGAACGACCUUAUUUAUCAACAGUCUUCGAUCCUGCCAUAGACGAGAAGCACCCACCUGUGGAUUUAAACCGCUUCCAUCGCAAUCCGAGUAUCUUAGCCCUAGGAAUUCUCCUCAUAGAGAUACAUACCGGCAAAUUGAUUGAGAGUUUUCGAACCGAGACUGAGCGACAACAAUUUAACACAAAUACGGAUUUGACUGUCGCAAACCGCGUGGUAAUGAGUCUUGAGGAUUGCUCCCUUGGAUAUCGUGAUGUGAUUCAGUCAUGUUUGGAUACACCAUGGGUACCAGCAGGUCAAAGGGUGAAUUUGGAAGAUGUAGCAACAAGGGCUGGAGUAUAUCAGGAUGUGAUCAAACCGUUGGAAGAAGAAUUUUCGUACUUGUUCCGUGAAAGAAUAUAA